CCCCCGUACACUUCCCAAUCAAACCCACCCGUCCACAGUCACCAGCAAGGAACGAUCAUGUACUACGAAGAAGAAACCGUCGUCGAGAACGUUGACUACAACAACGGCUACGAGAACGUUGCUGAGACCGAAGAGGUCCAAGAAGAGGUCGAGUACGACAGUGGCGGCCGCGAGGAGGUCGAGUACACGGAAGAGACCGAGACUGUCGAGUCGAACUACUACGGUGGCGAGACUGAAGUCGUUACUGAGGCCGAAGUCGUUGAGGACACGUGGUAGACAAGCUAUGCAACGAUGCCCAACUAUCCGGCGUCGAGUCUACUCGGAGUCUACUCGAUGUCGGCGUUCAGUGGCCUUGACGUAGCGCAGAUUGUGGCUACGCAACAGAGCAUAGUCAAAGACUACUAUUGCACUUUGGCCGCCUUGACAUUGCUCGUGUUCGAAAAUGCCAUCACGCUGGAUCGGGAAGUAGCCUUGUUCUGGAAGCGCAAGGUCACAGGGGCCUCGGCUCUCUUCCUGUCCAGCAGAUAUAUCACGCUACUAGCUUACAGCGUACGGACCAUGUUGAUGGCCAAUUGGUCAUGUUCACCCUUCAGUUACUCCAACCUAACGGUUGUUGCGCAAAUCUUGGCGUAUACGCAGUAUAUACCCUGGGCAUUCUUUUCGGCGUUGCGUGUAUUUGCAUUGUGCGAUGGACGCGUUCGGUGGCCCACCGCAAUCCUCGUUUUUGUUCUGUCUUCCCCGUUGUUUGCGAUGAAUUACGCUCGAUUGCAUUGGCUCACCCGCGUGGAAGACACCGUAGCUGGGACAGAGUGCCUGAUGGCCGAGGUGCGCUUGCCAGAGGAAGUGAAUAAAUUUCGCGGUUGUAUCAUUACUGCCGAUGCAAUUGUCUUGUGUGUCACUUGGCAUACAACUUACUGGUCUACACGCAUGGGGCGCAAGGUGCUUGUACAUUUGACUGGCAGGAAAAGAUCGUUUUCGAGCGUCUUGCUUCACGAUGGUACGCGGGGGCUGUUGCUGACGAUGAACAUCAUAUACCUAACCCUCACGAUGUUCCCAACUGAAGUCGAUUCCCUCACGCAAGUCAGCUAUGUGGUGGAAUUCUCGGAGCCUCUUACGGCAAUCCUCGUGUCGCGCUUUCUCUUGAAUCUGCAAGCCGUCGGGCGUCGAACAGAGGUGUCCUCGCAACUGACAGCUGAGAGUUCGCCAACGCCGAGUGCCAGACCCGGUACUCUCAUUUUCGCUAAUCAGGUUGUUGGAUCGUUGGGCUCCUUCCUCUCAUCACCGACCGACGAAAAUUAUACAUUCUUGGCUGAGGUUCGCGACUCGAGUGUCACGACACAUAAAUCUCCGUCUGGGAACUGGGAACUACAAGGUUACGAUGAGAGUCCUGUCAAGCAAUCUAUUUAUCAUGCAUAG